GAGCUGGGGUUGGCCCUCACUCCGGUCCGUGGGGGCCUCCAGAGCAUCUUAUUGUACUAUACUGACAGAGAGCAAGCCUCCCACAGCCACAAGGCUGCUGCCUUCAGUGUCCCAGACAUGACCGACCAGUGGACACGAUUCACAGUGGUGGUGGAGCAUGAAGAGGUGCGUCUAUACAUGGACUGUGGCGAGGCCGAGAGGACUACCUUCCAUCGAAAACCAGAGAAACUCACUUUCUCACACAACUCGGGCAUCUUCGUCGCCAAUGCAGGAAGCACAGGGCUCGACAAGUUUGUGGGAUCCAUUCAGCAGCUGGUGAUAAAAGAUGAUCCCAGAGCAGCUGAGGAACAGUGUGAAGACGACGAUCCUUAUGCCUCGGGAUACGCCAGCGGAGAUGAUGCUCUGGACGACAGAGAGUCAGAGGAGGAGAUGAUGAAGAACACACAGGAGGGAAAACACGGCACAGCACAGGGGGAGGACAGCGUUCCAGUCCGAGCGCCGCCCACUGAGGCUCCGGAGGUGGAGUUUGAUGAGUAUUCAGGUCAUCACACCCCAACGGAGGCCUCUAAAGAAAUGAUGGCAAGAGGGUCACACCGGACAGAGGAACCAGGGGAGAGAUCAGGAGAGGGUCCUGUCAAGCACGGGUUGAAAGGAGAGCGAGGGGAACCCGGACCCAGAGGAUACCCUGGCCCCCCCGGUCGCCCAGGUUCCACCAUUGCACCUGGACAAGUUCAGCCUGGACCAAGAGGGCCACAAGGACCAACGGGGGCCCCUGGACCCUCAGGAAAACCAGGGAGAGAUGGACCGCAGGGAAGCAAGGGUGAUAGAGGAGAUCCAGGUCAGAGAGGAACGCACGGAUAUCAAGGUUUAGCUGGAGAUCCUGGAACCAAAGGAGAGAAGGGAGACCCAGGAGUUGGUUCACCUGGCCCCCCUGGCCUCCCUGGGCCUCCUGGACCCCCCAGAUCACGCAGCGUACCCUAUGGAGCGGAUGCCCUGGGUUCUGGGUUUGAAGACCUGGACAGUGACAAUGUGCUCAUCAGGGGUGUUCCUGGUCCACCAGGGCCUCCAGGACCUCCUGGUCCCCCUGGACCCCAUUUGUCAUCAUCUGACAGAGCUGAGGGCCACUCUCCUGGGUUCGCUGGACCACCUGGCCCCCCUGGCAAAGACGGGCUCCAAGGCAAACCUGGAAUACCAGGUCCAGCGGGAGAAGAUGGGACGCCAGGUUUACCAGGAGCUGUGGGGGAGAAGGGUGAUCAAGGGUUACCUGGAUCACCUGGAUCAAAGGGUGAAAGUGGAUCUGAGGGCACAAUGGGGUCUCAAGGGCCGCAAGGGCCCAGCGGUCCACCGGGAAAGAGAGGCCAAGCAGGUCAACCUGGACCCCCCGGUCCUCCCGGACUUCCAGGAACCAAAUUCUUUGUAGAGGAUAUGGAGGGAUCUGGCAAGAGUGAUGCACUCAUUAGAGGUGGAGUCAGAGGCCCACAGGGUCGCCCUGGCCUUCCUGGCCCCCAGGGCCCUAAGGGUGAGGAUGGAGACACAGGAGCUCCAGGGCUCUCUGUCAAGGGUGAACCAGGGGACCCAGGACCAGAGGGUCUUCAGGGUCCUGCUGGACUACCAGGUGCAAGGGGAGCCAAAGGAGAAAAAGGCAGUGAAGGACCUAAGGGUGAUCGUGGUGUUGAUGGACUUAGUGUCCCAGGACCUCCUGGACUUCCUGGACCUCCUGGACCCACCGUUAAUCUGCAAGAUCUGCUCUUCAAUGUUACAGAUGGCAUCUUCAACUUCACAGGAAUCAGGGGACCACCAGGACCCAUUGGCCCUGAAGGCUUGCCUGGCAGAGCUGGAUUUCCUGGCCCCAGAGGACCAAAGGGAGACACAGGUCCUCAAGGUAACCAGGGGCCAUCAGGGCUUAAGGGGGAGAAGGGAGAGCCAGGGGUGACAAUUGCUGCUGAUGGAUCCCUCUUAUCAGCACCAAGAGGCCCUCAGGGGCCCAAAGGCAUUAAGGGUGAGCGUGGCUUCCCUGGACCUCUUGGACUUAUGGGCCCAAUGGGACCUACUGGACAAAAAGGAGAAUAUGGCUUCCCUGGUCGCCCGGGACGACCUGGUAUGGCCGGGAGGAAAGGAGACAAAGGAGAUUCUGUUGGCCGGCAGGGACCUCCAGGUCCACCGGGUCCACCUGGACUUCCAGGAAGAAUUCUCGGACUGAAUGGAGAGUCAGGGGAUUCAACUGGAACUAAAGGAGACAAAGGAGAAAUAGGAAUACCUGGAGAGCCAGGCACACCUGCACCUGGGUUUCCAGAUGGAGUUGUGGGUGCUAAAGGUGAUCAGGGAUACAAAGGUCAGAAGGGAGAAAGGGGUGAAUCAGGCAUAACUGGUCCUCCAGGACUGCCAGGAAGGUCAGGACUUGUGGGUCCAAAAGGUGAGUCCGUCGUGGGUCCUCCAGGUCCUAGUGGUGCUCCUGGCCAGCCUGGACCCUCUGGGUUUGGACGCCCUGGUCCCCGAGGGCAACCAGGCCCUGCUGGACCCCCAGGACCUGCACCUGCAUAUGGAUCAGUUGUCAGUGUACCUGGCCCUCCAGGUCCUCCUGGCCCUCAAGGAUCUCCAGGCUAUUCCAACCCGGUGACCACCUAUAGGACGAGUCAUGCUCUGUACAGAGAGACUCAUCGCGCUGCAGAGGGAACUUUGGCGUACGUGCCUGAGGCUGGAGGAGAGCUGUACAUCAGAACACAGAGUGGCUGGCGUAAGAUUCAGCUUGGAGAGUUGAUCCAACAUGGAGCGUCAGCCUCAGCAGCAUCUCAAUCCCUCAGCAGACCUGGAGAAUGGAGCAGACCACACAGGAGCCACAGCCAGGAGCUGCAGGAAGGCAAUAGAGGAUAUCAACCCAGCAAUAAUGUGCUGCCCCAGACCGUCAACUCUGUCCCUGGGCUCCAUAUGGUAGCUCUGAACACCCCACUGAAAGGAGACAUGCGAGGCAUCCGUGGGGCAGACUUCCAGUGCUACCAGCAGGCUCGCGCCAUGGGGCUAACAACCACCUAUAGGGCCUUCCUGUCCUCACACCUCCAGGACCUGGCAACCAUCGUGAGGAAGUCGGACCGCGCAGAACUGCCCGUGGUUAAUCUCAAGGGUGAGGUGUUGUUCAGUAGCUGGAUGUCCAUCUUCUCUGGUGAUGGAGGCGUGUUCAACCCAUCCACACCUAUCUACUCCUUCGACGGACGCAACGUGAUGACUGACUCAGCUUGGCCAGAGAAGCUGGUCUGGCACGGCUCCAGCGGGGUGGGAAUCCGUCUGACCACUAACUACUGCGAGGCGUGGAGGACGGCUGAUAUGGCGGUGACGGGUCAGGCUGCUCUGCUGCAGACGGGACGCCUGUUAGGACAACACACGCGCUCUUGCUCCAACCACUACAUAGUGCUGUGUAUAGAGAACACAUACGUCGGGAACACACAUCAAAAGAGGACCUGAAUAGACAGAG